AUGGGGGCCUGCAGGGAGGGACAGGAAUACGCGCUGGAGAUAAAAACUAUAGCUAUGGAGGAUGCAGCCAAGUACUCCUGUAAAUGCAAUGAAAUCAGUACAACCUGCACGCUGACAGUAGAGGAGAAAAAGUACGUUUAUUAUUUCAACCAGAAGCUACCGAAGACGGCCGAAGUGGUUCGCGGCAAAGAUCUUACCCUCGAGUGUUCGGUUUCCGAUCCUCGUGCUCCCGUCGUCUGGUAUCACAACGCGCUAAUUACUUCCAUUUGGUACCCACAGUACACUGCUGGAAAGAUCGAGUUGAAACGCCGUGAAAACCGAUGCAUCAUGAAGAUCGUCCGUGCGAAACCUGAGGCCGCAGGAGAGUACUGCUGUAUGGUGGAGGGCGAUGAGACCUACGUCGAUGUCGCUGUCGAGGAUCCUGACUGGUUCUUCACACGUGAGCUCAAGCCACAGACGGCCCUCGAGACAGAUGAGGUGGCCAGAUUUGAGUGCGAACCCAUCACUGCAGACGACAAGUACGAAAUGCUUACUGAAUCUCGGCUGAAACGUGUCUUGAAGAUUAAGAAGAUUGCAAUGGAGGAUGACGCUGUAUACACUUGCAAGGUUGCAAAGAAGACAACUAGUGCACGUCUUACCGUUAAACCUGAUGUGGAGUUUAAACAGAAUCUAAUCGACACGAACGGCAUUGAGACAAAAUACAAGGAAUUGGUGUGUAAGGCCUACAAUCCAAAGAAGUAUCCAGUUCGUUGGUUCAAGAAUGACCAGGAGAUUACAUUUGACGACCGUGUUUGCACACAGGAGUCAGACGGCGUCCUCUAUCUUAUCUUCAAAUCCCUUGAGAUGGAUGAUGAAGCCGUCUACUCCUGCAAGAUCGGCUCACAUCAGACAUCCGGCAAACUUGGUGUAAGUUUCCCUGUUCCAACUCUCAAUAUACUGAAGGAUGGUAAUCCCCUGCCAGAGAAGAUCAACCUCCGUGCAGUUCUUCGCGACGGUGCAGUUCACAUUGAACUUGACGAUGCCGACAGAGUGGAUGCCGGUAACUACUCUCUUCGACUUUCGAAUGAGGUUGGCGACGUCUCCAUCCCCCUUACCCUCGAGGUGCACUCGCGACCUGGACCUCCCAAAGGGCCCCUGGACGUCUGUGAUCUCACGGCGACAAAGUGUUCUCUUGCCUGGGAUCCACCAGAGGAUGACGGUGGGCUGCCCAUUAAAUGCUACGAGGUUGAGGUCAUGGACGUGACCGAUGGAAACUGGAAACCGCUGAAAAGUGUCAAAGAAACGAAGUGUGACGUUCCCAAUUUGAUUGAAGGUCACAAAUACAAAUUCCGCGUUCGUGCUGUGAAUGCGGAGGGUCCCUCAGACUACCUGGAGACCGAGAAGGACACAGUAGCUCGCGAUAUCUGCGACCCACCAGAUGCGCCAACUAACCUUGAGGUGGUAGACUAUGACGUUGACCAUGCAGACCUCAAAUGGGUCAAACCGAGAAAAGAGAAUGGAGCUCCGAUCAAGCAUUAUAUAAUUGAGUCAAGGAAGAAACCGGAUUCAGAGUGGAAGAAAGUUAAGGAAGUCACCGAGACCAAAGCUUCCGUCCCGUGGAAAGAAGAUGAAGUCUACGAAUUCCGCGUUAUGGCGGUGAACAAAGCCGGAGUUUCGGAACCAAGUGUUGCAACUACGCCGAUGGUCGCGAAGCACAAACUCUUGAAGCCAUUCAUUGACAAGUCAAGAAUCCAGGUGAUCAAAGUAAAAUGCGGGCAACAGGUGGAAAUCGAUCUGAGAUACCGAGGUGAACCGGACCCCGAGGUUGUUUGGUCCUAUGCCAACAAGACCAUAGAAGCUGGUGAUGAGUUUAAAAUAGAACUAUUGCGCAGGGAAACGAUACUGAGGAUUCCAAAUGCCCAGCGAAAACACACGCAGCUGUAUAGACUGCGGGUCAGUAACGAGGCCGGCUUUGACGAGGCUGUCGUGGAGGCGGUUGUCCUCGGCAAGCCAUCCCGACCCCAGGGUCCACUCGAGGUCAAAGACGUCACCAAGAAUUCCGCAAAACUUGAGUGGAAACCACCGGCCGAUGACGGCGGUGAACCAAUUCAGUACUACCUUGUGGAGAAGAAAGAUGUCGCCAAGGGCCGAUGGGAGAAGGUAGCUGAGGUGUCUCGUGGAACGACCUGUGAAGUUCCAAAACUCGAAGAGGCUCAUGCCUACAUGUUCCGUGUUAGUGCUGUCAGCAGUCAGGGCUCCAGCGAACCUCUCGAAUCCGAAGCCGAGACCAUCGCUAAGAAUCCAUACGAUGAACCUGACGCCCCAGGCAAGCCUCAGAUUGUCGACCACGAUAAGGACAGGAUCGAUCUCAAGUGGGAACCGCCUGAGAACGAUGGUGGUGCUCCGAUCACCGGUUACCAUGUUGAGAGGAAAGAGCCGAGAUCGAACCGCUGGGCAAAGAUAACAACCCGUCCGGUUGCCGAGCCAGAAUACACUGAUUCUAGUGUACGGGCUGGUAAGGAAUAUGAGUACAGGGUGAUAGCCAUCAAUAAGGCUGGACCGAGUCCUCCGAGCAAACCCAGUGAUCCAGUCACAGCUAAGCCAAGCAAAGAGGCUCCGAAAUUGGAUUUGAAGCGUCUUCGGGAUCUACUGGGUCCACAGAAUGAGAUUCGGUUGCGGGCAGGCGAGCCAUUGAGCAUUCCCAUCCCCAUUACCGGGGCCCCGAAGCCGGUCAUUGCGUGGACAAAAGAUGGCGGCAGCGUACCGCAGACGGCCAAAAUUACCGACACUGAGGAACUCACUGGACUAGACAUUCCGUCUACUGUGCGGGGAGAUUCAGGAAUUUAUAAAAUCCACCUAUCAAAUGACUAUGGCGAGGAUGAGGCUGACAUAAAGGUGGUUGUAAUGGAUAAACCAUCACCACCAAGAGAUCUUGAAGUCUUCGAUGUAUUUGCUGAACACUGUUCGCUGAAGUGGAAGCCGCCACUGGACGACGGCGGAUGUCCGAUAACUGAUUACAUUGUGGAAAAAUGUGACGAGUCCGUAGGCAUCUGGGAACCAGUUACCGGUAUCGUGCGGGACGAGCAAGUUAUGGUGAAGGGACUGCAAAAGGAUAAACCCUACCUGUUCCGUGUGAAAGCCGUCAACAGAAUGGGUGACUCUGCGCCUUGCGAAACCAGCACUUCCGUCAUCGCCAAAAAUCCUUUCGACCCUCCGGGAGCACCAGAGGAUCUCGAAAUCCCCGACUAUGACCAUCACUCUGUUACUCUGUCCUGGAAGCCCCCAAAGAGCGAUGGAGGCAACCCUAUCAAAGGCUACCGAGUAGAAAAGCGUUAUCCUCGCGGCGACUGGAAAGUUGCAACCCCGAAUCUUGUGCCCGGUACCCAAGUAAGACUCACGAACGUGGACGAAGGAAAGACGUACGAGUUUCGAGUGUGUGCCGUCAACGACGGUGGCCCUGGCGAGUACUCCAAAACCACUAACCCACACUUGGUCAAGGACAAAAUUUUCCCACCUUCCCCACCGGAAAGCGUAAUUGUUGACAAGGUUACAAAGAAUGGCGCCCGACUAUCGUGGCAAAAACCGAAAUCUGAUGGUGGAACUCCGGUCACUGGUUAUGUCGUAGAGAAGAAGAAUCCUGACGGUGAUUGGGUUCCUGUCGUCGAGACAAAGGAACCCACCGCUUUUGUACCACUGCAACCAGGAGAAGAAGCCCAACUGCGUGUUCGCGCAGUAAAUGCAGAGGGACCCGGUGAACCCUCGAGACCGACCGCAGUUAUUGUGGCCGAAGAUAGACAAGAAGCUCCUCGUAUCGCCACUAAGGACGAUGGUUUAGUGGACAGCCCCAAUAGUGGUAUUGGUGGCCUCAAGGACGUUACUCUCAAGGCUGGCCAAGAACUGCGGCUUCCAGUAGCAUGGUUUGGGAAUCCUACGCCAACGCCGACUUGGACCGUUAAUGACAAGACAAUCAAGUCGGGUGAUGAUAAUGCGAUUCUCUCCCAAGAAGCGCUUCCGAAACCGGCCAGUAGCGACCCCAAUGCAGUUCUUGAACAAUCACCAGGAGGAACCUUCGUCUUGUGUGUACCGAAAGCGCGUCGUGUCAACAGUGGCCAGUACCAGAUUAAAAUAAUGAACGAUCUGGGCCAGGUGUCAUCAUCCUGUCAAGUUAACGUUAUAGAUGUCCCUGGCCCACCAACUGGACCACUGGAUGCAGUGGAGGUCAAGGCCGAUGAAAUUACUCUUGAAUGGAAACCACCAGCUGAUGACGGCGGUGAACCGGUCACAAAUUACAUCCUGGAGAAACGUCUCAAGGGCUCUGAUUCGUGGCAAAAGGUGAGCGCCUUCUUGAAGACACCAACUGCAACAGUACGGGGUCUAGAAGUUGGCAAGGACUAUGAGUUUCGUGUCAUGGCAGAGAAUGUAAUGGGUGUCAGCGAACCCCUGACGACGGAGAAGGCAAUUAAGGCGAAACAUCCGUUUGAUCCUCCUUCGGGAAUGGACAAGCCAAACGUGGACGAUACCACUGAAAGUUCUGUGUCGCUCUCGUGGAUGCCACCACGGAAGGGUCCGGUUAGUGGCUACAUCGUCGAGAAACGGCCAAAGGGCGAACGAGAAUGGACCAAAGCCAGUACGGCUCCAGUGACGGGCACCUCGUAUACCGUUCGUGGUCUUCCCAAGGACAAGGAAUUCCAAUUCCGCAUUGUACCCUUCAACCUGGCCGGCGAGGGCGAACCCAGCGAGCCUACGGAUGUCAUAAAAGUUCAGAAUCCACCCUCCGCUCCAAAGAUCUCCAGAGAUGUGCCUAUGACAAUCAAUGCGGUUGUUGAUCAGCCCUUCAAAAUGCGCAUCCCCUAUACAGGCUCACCGCCUGACACGGUUGAGGUCUUAAAAGACGGCAAGCCCAUUCCGAUACCGAGUGGGAGAUUUACCGUUGAGAUAACUCCCGAGGAGGUCGUAAUAACUGAUCUGAAGGCUGAGAGAGAAGACACCGGCGCCUAUGCCGUCGCCCUGACGAAUGAGCAAGGAAAGGAUCAGGCAAACAUCCAGGUGAACGUGCGGGGGCCCCCGGGUGCACCCGUUGGUCCACUAGAGAUCUCAAAGAUCAAGGCCGAAUCCUGCAGUCUGUCUUGGAACCCACCAACUGACAAUGGUGGCUCUCCGGUUACAAACUAUGUCGUCGAGAAACAGGACGUUUCAUCUGGGAUAUGGACUCCUGUGAGCAGUUUCGUUCGGCAACCCGAGUUUGACGUAACCGGGUUGGAUGAGGGCCGACAGUACCGAUUCAGAGUCCGAGCUGCGAAUGAAUUUGGACCUGGUGAACCACUGGAGGCUACCCAGAGCAUCACUGCAGCUAACCCGAUUGUCGCUCCUGGAGCUCCCUCGGAUCUAGAGGCGACUGACGUGGACGAAGACAGCGUUACGCUGAGCUGGAAGAAGCCUCGAAAAGAUGGUGGCGGAAAGAUCAGUGGUUAUGUUAUCGAGUACAAACCGUUUAGCGGAGGUGACUGGACAAAGGCUGCUGGAGCUGGCGGCAAGGAUACCCAGGGAACCGUGACUGGCCUAACAAAGGGGGAGAAAUACUUAUUCCGUGUGUCCGCGAAGAAUGAAGCCGGCAUUGGAGAGCCCGCGCAGACUAAUCGUGCCAUCCUCUGCAAACCGAAAUACGACGCUCCUGACGCACCUGGAACGCCAAAUGUCGAUGACGUGGACAAGGACCAUGUCGACCUGUCAUGGACAGCGCCACUUAAGGACGGAGGUGCCCGUAUCACCGGUUAUGCGGUCGAGAAACGCAAGCUGGGCACUGAUGACUGGGUCCCCGCAACUGCUGACGGUAAACCAGUAUCAGGCACUCAGGCUCGAGUCGAAAAUUUGGACGAGAAUGAGGUCUAUGAGUUCCGUGUGCGAGCCGUAAAUGCAGCAGGUCCUGGCGAACCUAGUUUGCCUUGUGACGCCACGAGAGUCGCCAAAAAGAAGGUAAAGCCAGAUUCUCCUGAAGAUGUCACGGUUGAUGACGUGAUGGCCAACUCUUGCACUGUCAAAUGGAAUCCUCCAAAAUCAGAUGGUGGUGCGCCAAUAACAGACUACAUCGUGGAGAAGUGCGAUGAAGCCCUGGGCAUUUGGGAACCAGUUCCUGGCAUAGCGCGUGGCAAUUCCUUGCCUGUGACAGGUCUAACAGAGGGCAAAAGGUACCUGUUCCGAGUGACUGCUGUGAAUCCCAUUGGCCCCUCGGAACCUGCUGAAACGCUUACAUCGACACUCGCCAAGAAUCCCUUCGACACACCUGACGCACCACAGUCUGUUAAGGUGGUAGACUACGAUCGAAGCUCCGCUACGAUCACCUGGACUGCUCCCGAAAACGAUGGUGGGAAUCCUAUCAAAGGAUAUCUGGUUGAGAAACGUACCGACAAAGGCGAUUGGGUGAAGGCCACACCCGACCUGGUUAAAGAGACUCAAGCCAAAAUCGCCGGCCUCCCAUUUGGCAAGGAAGUCGAGUUCCGAGUUGCCGCUGUCAACGAUGGCGGCCCUGGGGAUUACUCUCGUGCAACCCAGCCCCAGCUGAUCAAGGACAAAACUAAGAAAAAGAAUGACGAUGGCGAAUGGGAACCGGUGAAGCAGACCACUGAACCGGAAGCGUUUGUUCCAAUGAAGGAAGGACAGAAGGCCCAAUUCCGUGUACGAGCUGUGAACGACGAGGGUGAAGGCGAACCUAGCAGACCUACUCCACUCAUCACCGCUGAGGACCAGCCCACACCUCCGAAAAUCGCUCAACCCUCCGAUGGUGUUAUUGGAGGACCAGGAACAGGUGUUGGAGGUCUCCAGGAUGUCAUAAUAAAGGUUAACUUCUUUCUGAAAAAUGGCAUAAUUCAGUGUGGCUGGGCAAGAGCUAAGGCUUCCCGUCGCAUGGUUUGGUCAUCCGCAGCCUACGGUCAGCUGGGUUCAUAA